AUGAUACAGUGUUUUGUACGGAGAUAUUUGGCGCAGUGCGAGUUACGACGACUGAAAAUGCAAAAAGAACUGGAACGAAACACUGAAGCCGCUGUUGUAAUACAGAGUUUUGCAAGAGGUUAUUUGGCGCGACGUAUGUUCAGUAAGCUGAAGGAACAGAAGGAUUUGGAACGUAGAAUAAAAGCUGCAGUUGUCAUUCAAAGUGUCCUCAGAGGGUAUAUGGCACGAUGUGCGUUCCAAAAGCUGAAGGCGGAAAAGGAAUUGGAGCGGAAAACACGAGCUGUUAUUGUGAUACAGAGUGUUCUGCGAGGUUGGCUGGCACGUCGUGUUUAUCGAGUAAUGAAGAAACAAAAAGAAUUAGAGAGAAGUACAGCAGCUGUAAUAGUAAUCCAAAGUUUCGUACGAGGGUAUUGGGCACGGUGUGAGGCCAGAAAGCUGAAAAUUGAGCGAGAAGUGGAACGAACGACAAACGCUGCGAUUGCAAUACAAAGUUUUGCAAGAGGUUAUUUCGCCCGACGUAUGUUCAGUAAGCUGAAGACACAGAAGGAUUUGGAACGUCAAACAAAAGCUGCAGUUGUCAUUCAAAGUUUUGUUCGUGGAUGCAUGGCAAGACGUGUCUUCAAAGAGCUGAAAGCGAAACUAGCACUGGAAAGGAAAACGAGAGCCGUACUUGUAAUACAGAGUUUCAUUAGAGGUUGUAUGGCAAGAAAUGACUUCAAAGAAUUGAAAACACGCAAAGACUUCGAACGUCAACUGAAAGCUGUGAUUGCAAUUCAG